AACCCGGAAGAAUUGUCGUCUUCUGAUUAACGUUUGAAUAAACAAGAAUGGCCAAUUUGUUUUAGGAAAACAUUGCAAGCGAUGUUGCUAAAAAAUAUCGUAUAUUUCAACUAAGAAAUAUAGAUGUCUUGUAAGGCAUGGACGAAUGUGUGUAACAACGCCCUAAUGUCAGCCACCUUGUUGGAUAAAAAGAACCCCGUUGUGUUCACGAAUCGGUAGGAAUUAUUGUUACCCUGCAGUGUGCUUGUUUUUGACGAAGGAAAUAUGGCUGAAUUGCACGUUGUGGAGCAGAGUGGUACUAGCACUAUAGAACAAACCGAGCACCGUGAUGUCCGAGGCUCUGUUCGGCUGGCUUCGUCCAGUCUCAUGGUUCCGCCGCGGAGUAGCUUGCCCACCAGUCCCGGGGUAUCGAGUACUAGCAGAGUAGUGUUUGGGUUCCCAAUGAGAAGCAACCCCAGUUCCCCGUCAGAGAAACCCGGAUCCCGCUGCAGUUCCCCAGCAGAGAAACCCGGAUCCCGCUGGGUUCGCCUCAAUGUUGGUGGAACCUGCUUUGUCACAACCAAACAGACAUUGUGCAGGGACCCCAAAUCGUUCCUGUACCGAUUGUGUCAAGAAGAUCCGGAUUUGGACUCUGAUAAGGAUGAGACCGGUGCGUACCUGAUUGACAGAGAUCCCACAUACUUUGGCCCCAUUCUGAAUUACCUGCGGCAUGGGAAACUGAUCAUGGACAAGAACCUAGCAGAAGAAGGUGUCCUUGAGGAGGCGGAGUUCUACAAUAUUGCGUCAUUGGUGAGGCUGGUAAAGGAGAGGAUACGGGACAACGAGAACAGGACAUCUCAGGGCCCAGUGAAACAUGUGUACCGGGUGCUGCAGUGCCAAGAGGAGGAGCUCACCCAGAUGGUGUCCACCAUGUCAGACGGCUGGAACUUUGAGCAGCUCAUAAGCAUCGGCUCGUCCUACAACUAUGGCAACGAGGACCAGGCUGAAUUCCUGUGUGUGGUUUCCCGGGAGCUCAACAACUCCACUAACGGCAUUGUCAUCGAGCCCACUGAGAAGGCCAAGAUCCUCCAGGAGAGAGGUUCACGGAUGUGAUGAGACUCCCAGGCCUGAGCUCACCCUGCUCAGCUCAUGUGACAUUUCCUGAUGUCCCCUGCACCACCUCAGCCACGGUCCAAACCUUCACCUGUUUCACCUCCCCCUCCUCUGGGUGUGCCUUUCCACAGUGGGGGGGUUCCCAUCCCCCUCCCCUACAGUGCUGCAACAUAACCCCAUCGUCAUUUCUUAUUCUCAGUUAUAUUCAUGAACAUUUUGAGGGAUUCUGAAGAGAUGGCAAUAGAGUAUUAUUAAAUACAACACCUGUUGUCAUAAAUUGGCUUUUGAAGAUUCAGGUUUUGCCCCUGAUCAUAAUCCCCAUCUUGUCUAUAGUACCUCCACACAGAGCUAAAUCAUUGUCACCUUCCACAUUCAGGUGAUCACACAGUUAGUGGGGAGCCCUUUCCUUGUCUGUCCGGCUAUGUCGAUUUGGCGGAAAUCUGUGAUAAUCUCCUCAGGACUUUCAAAGGCCGAAAAAGAACACAAAAAGAAGGAAAACAAAAAAUCUACUGACUGUGACCCGCCCCACCUACAAGCUUGAAUAUCCACCAUCUCCACAGCUGGAGCUCCAAGACAGUUCAUAGUCGCUUUAGAGGCUGAAGGCGGAGAGGUGGGGCUAAGGACAAUGAAGCCACCAGAAUCUUCUACAGCCCUCAAAUUCAAAUCUGGACCUCAAUCUGGACCCCCCCCCCAUUCUUCCCCCUCUAAUCAGGGACAGAUUUCAACUUGGGACACGAGGUGGGUGCGAUUUUAAUUAUCAGGUAGAACAGAAAACCAGCAGUAGGAUGGACCUUGUAGGGUAAGAUUUGAAUACCCCUGUUCUACAGCAUCUCUUUUGGUCGUCUUGUGCAGUCAGUCCUGCUCUCACACAAAGUCUUUCAUAAUAAAACUAGAGUUAAGUGGGGAGGAACAGACCUUUUGUCUAACAGAGGCUCCACCCCACAGUGGUUCAUCAGUGGCUUUCACUGCUGAGUGCUGAGCAUCCAUCACACUGAGCAUCCAUUUUUCUUUUGGGCUCGGGUCAAAGUCCUUUGUCACCGGGAGGGCACAUCUUUCUUUUUUCUUCUUUUUUUUUGCAGCCGUGCUAGUGAUGUUUCAGUGCAAAAGAAAACACACAACUUAAAAGACUAAACCACACACAUGUACACAAUUGUCAGGCAUGUGAGGAAUAUACAUCUAUAUAUAAUGAAAUUAUAUGGAGAAAAUUAAUGCAAAUGAUUAAUAUUUGUCAUAUUUUUGUGUAGUAUGGUGAGUUUAUUCCAUUGGGGGAGGACAUAUCACUCCUCUCUGUGUUUCCCCCAUUGACAAAGGUGUACGUUUGUGUAUGCACUGCCUCUCUGCUAUACGUCAAUGAUUGGAAAUAUGAUCAGCGACCCAGAGUCUUUCAAUGACACAACUUCUAAGUAGAUUUUUCUGUUCCCUUAUAACCCUUUCAAACGAUCCUUAUUUCUCGCAGCUCUGUGUUCUCUUUGCAUAUCUUACAAUUGUAAUCGGAGAUAAGAGACGGGUCACAGAAAGGCUGUGAUGGCAUGUGUCCAGUACAGUGUGCCUGUUGGACCUGUGAUCAUCUGUAAUCUGCCUCGCCUUUGUUUCAUUUUCAUGCCAAUUAUCACUCACUGUGCAUUUGCCUGCUACACACCUUGGCGUAUGUUCAGUUAACAGGUUUGCUUUACAUAACAGUGCAUACUGCCAAAAUUUAACUGGAAUUGUUUAUAGAGUAGGUAUACCCACAGGAACAUUGGGUAUUGAAAUUGCCGCAUGGAUGGGACAUUUCAUCUUUUUGAGUUGUAACGUUGGGGGGAAAUAAGGAAAUUCUACUUUGUUUCUCAACAAGUGUUACAUCUCUCUGUGCCAACCAGCAGUGAUGGGUACAAGCUUGUCUGGAGUAUACUUCUCUUAUACCCAUAUCAUUGUCCCAGGAGUAAAUCCUGGUAUUACCCCUAUUUGUACUACAUUCUGUCAAUUUGACUGUGUACUUAAAAUAAGUACCCCAUAGGUGAUCAAUGUCACAUAAUCUGUACACCUUUUUCCUGUGUAUAAUGAAUAUUUGGUGCAAUUAUGUUAUAUCGGCAUGUGUAAGAAUGCGUUCAACUUAAAAACCACACCCCAAAAUAAUUACCUGUGCUGUCGUUAUGCUCCUUGACUUUUUUUUCCCGUGACUCCCCCCCCCAUGUUGUGCAAUUCUACUACUAAACUGGGACAACUGCAGUAGCGCACAGACUGUGUUGCUGGAAGAAUGACUGACUCUCUGAUAGAGGCUCUUUUUCUCCUCUUUGGGCCUUUUUCAAAGCCCCUGGGGGUUGUUCUCUUUCCCUUUGUCUGUCUGUGUCCAGUGUUGUGCCUUUUGACCUGUGUUGUGCACAGUUGUUGCCCCCCCCCCCUCUGGCUUUUGAGGCUCCUCUCGCAUUGGAAAUGAAACGCUACGAGGCACCAAGGGACCCGUGUGGCGUGGUUCCUCUGUUGGUUCGAUCUCCCGUUAUUAGUCAGUGAGAGAAACUCCUGGAAUAGACCUUGACCGAGUCUAUUCUUCCGUCAUGACUAGGUCCUGUUUGUUUACGUACAGUGCAGAUUAUCAGGCUUAACUCCUUUUUCUUUUGUGCCAAUACUUUUUAACCAAGCCCCUCCUAUUGACCCCUGUACCUUAGCUCCUGAACCAUUUCUGUUAGUUUGUCGCUGCAUUCCUUUGUUUUCUUUCCUGUCAUAAAUGUGUGUAGACUGUAGGUGCAGUUGGCCUUGUAAGUUUACCCCACAACCAGCUGAGAGGCAGAGAACAGGAGACAGUGGUUGUAGUUGUGAUUUUAUCUCAGUAAAAGGGUCCUUCCACCAAGUCGGUGCCUUUUGAGAUGUGUAACUUGGUGAAACAAUAACAUUUGAUUUCACCUCAUUUUUACAUUCUGUCAUAAAGAGCCCGGUUUCUCAUCUUUAAUUGUUUUUUAAUGCCUAUAUUAAGUGUUAAAUAAAGUAACAGGGUUGACGAUUUCAUCUUAAAUCAGCCAUAACUCCACUUGUGACAGGGGAAAUUGAAAGUUGUGUGCAACAGGGAGGGGCAAUUGGAACGCAAGCUUCACAAAAAACACAAUUGUUAAAACACUUCUAACCUGUGUAUCUAUGGUAACAGGGUUGACGUGUUACGUUUUCCACAACAAAACACCAGGAAAUGCAGAGUAGAAACAGCUGACCUGAUUUUACACAAUGAUUUGACUAUUUGAUGUUCAAUGUUUCUUUUGAAAAAAAUUUUUUUUAAAAAGGAAUAGUUUCACCAUAUUAAAAUGAGAUUAGUUUACAUAACAGGCUUGAAUUUCAAAUGUAUUUUUCUUAAAAUGAAUCACUAAUCCUAUGAAAUAAUAAACUUCAGAAAUUGAUUUGUCAAAGCAACAAAAUAACUAGGGCUUUACAAUGAUGGUGAAAACUUGAAUCUUCCUGGAAGUCAGAAGGUGCAUGGUUGGACAUGUCCAUUGCUGAAUUUUGCCCUUUUUAAUAAGUAUUUUUAUUCAUAUUUUCUAAAAUAUUGAAUUCUCCAUGUGGUCUAUAUUAAAGGGCACAUCAGGCAUUUAAAAUUCAAUAUUGGUUGGUGCACAAUUUCACUUAAAAUAUCAAAGGGAUGCAAAAGGCACUCAUUUCGUGGAACGAACCAAAAGCGAACAGUGCCCUUUUCUUUCGGGAAAAUGGCAGGACAUGUUUAUUUGGCUUUCUCUCUUGAAUUGCAUGUUUAAGGCAACUUAUGCUGUCUGUUUUGAUCCCAUGACAAUUACACUGACAGAACUUUUUUGUUGUUGCUGUAUGCAUUCACUUUGAAGCACUUAUUUUUCACUCCAUUGAACCCAAAUUUCUCCUUUGACAUUUACUUGUUUCCUUUUAUACUUGCAGAUUGGUUCAUCCAAUUUUGAAAUUGAACUUUGUGCUUGGAUGCAAACGAUCAUUGCAAAAAAAAAAAGUGUUUUCCCCUAUCACGGCACUAUUCCGAUAUUUGUGCUAUUUGAACAAAUCUGCAAAAACACAUGCAGUGUACUACAGAAUACGAUGUUGUGUACUGGAGUUUGUCGGACAUCUGUGUUAGUGCAAACUUUAUAUGGCGCAUGGUUGGAGAGCAGAGGGAGGCAUGGCUGUAGUAGGCGUACAUUUCUUGUGUGGAACAAUGAGUCUGCAACUAGAAGUAUUCUCUAAUCAUGUUUUGUUUCUGUUUUGUGUCAUGUCAAUUUAACAGUUGCUACAAAAACAAAUAACUAGUUUAAAGUUAACCUCACUAAAUUAACAGACUCUUUUGUCUAUUGAAAACUGAACACGUCUGCAGACCACACUAAAUCCAAGUCCACAUGCAAAAUGAAGAGAGGAUCAUUUUAAUCCGGGCUCCUUCUACCAUAGUUAAUCUGUAACAUCUGCAUGUGUUUAUACACAUACAUACUUGUACACACAUUUUAGAUGUACUGAAAACUUCAAUGAUUUUGAAUGUAUUAAUUUAUCAACAAUAUUCAUGUCAUGUGACUAUUGUCAAUGGAGACUGUGGAGAACUAUUUUGAAGCCGAAACAUUUUGUCUGAUUUUCCUUUCCCUUUUAUUUAUUUUAUAUUUUGGAAUUUUGUCUACCAAAUGCCGUUUCUUUUCAAUUGAAUAAUUUUAACAAAAUCCAGUCUGGUUUUUAAUUAUAAAAUGUGUCUCUGUGUUUCAAAAUGUGUGUGUGUAACUUGUUUUUGUACAGCUGUUUAAGUUGUGUGUGUGUGUGUGAAAGUGGAUUUAAAGAUCUUAUACCACCUCAAA